GCUGGUAUCUAACUAGCAAAACACAGCAAACCUCUGCAGAUCCUGUGAUUCAGUGAUAAUGGCCACUGGUGACAAAUACAGGAUUCUCAUCACCAAACGCACAGAGCUGAUACAAAUUAUUCAAAGAGACCCUGACAACAUCUUGGAUGAGUUACUUGCUCAGUCCAUCAUCACAGAGGAAGAGUACAACAGCUUCUAUCAAAAAGAGGACAUCGUGAUCAAGAUCAGGAAGUUGUUAAUUCACAUACAGAAAAGAGGGGAGUCAACCUGCCAGCAAUUUCUGGAGUGUUUAGAAAUCCUCUUUCCUGGCAUCAAUCAGGAUUUACAACCUUCUGGUCAUGAGAAAAAUAAAGCUUUUCAAGGACUACUUUCUAAGCUAAACCUGCAGGAAUACCAAAGCACGAAGCUCAGACUGCGAGAUGUCCUGGAAAUUGGCUCAGAAAGUACAGAAAACUGGACUCCUCAGAUGUUCGGGGAUUUACCGUGGCAUUUCCUGAGGAAACUCAUUGCUCUGAAUGGGACAGCCAGAAACACAAGCCUUGGACACAGAGCAUGUGAUGAUGAAGGCGGCAGCGAGGAUGCACAGAUUGCAGGUGGAGAUGUUUUUAGUUUUAAUGACACUGACAUCAGAGAAUCUCUACAUCCCCUCGAUGGUCUCUGUGCCAUUCUGCUUUGCUCAGACAGUUUUCUGCAGCAGGAGAUCCUGUCCAAAAUGUCCAUGUGCCAGUUUGCCCUCCCUCUCCUGCUGCCUGCCCUCAACACUCCCAAGUGCACCCUGAUGCUGUGGGCCAUGAGGGACAUUGUGAGGAAGUGGAGGCCGCACUCCCUGGCAGAGAGCAGAGGGUUCAGAGAGGAGAGCCUGCUGCUCACAUCAAUGCCAACCAUUUCCUUUGUGCGGUUGGGGAGCUGCAGCUUCUCCAAGUCCAAACUCCUCAAUGACGUUCUCAGCCCCUCCCAGCAGCACCACGAUUUCUUCAUCUAUCGGGACAUGGAGUCUGGGAAUGUCCCUCGGGAAAUUGCAGAUGGGCUGGUCGAGAUUUCCUGGUAUUUCCCUGGAGGGAGGGAGAAUUUGGAUCUUUUCGCAGAGCCCGUUGCAGUUACAAAUCUGCGGGGAGACACUGAGUCCCACUGGCUACAAUUUAGCUUUUCAACAGUGGUGUCCUCAGCAGUGUUCAUAGUUACUGAGAGUAUCAGUGAGAGACAAUACGCACUGUUAUCAUCUCUGCAGUGAUCAGCCACUAAAUACUACUUCAUCCUCAAUUGCAAGAAUGGAAAUCCCAAGGAAACAUUGGGAUUCCUUAAUAAGUUGGCUCCAGUGCUGAAUCUGAGCAAACCACAGCUACUGGUGAAAGACAGCACCACAAAUAAUGCAGAAUUUGUGCAAAAAGUGAAAUCUGCCAUAAAAGGCAUAAUGAGUUCAUCUCCCAAGAGAACGAAUUUGGAAGGCAUGGCUGUGACCGCACGUGAACUAGGAAUCCAGGUAGAUGAGGACCGAAAGGAAUGUCAGAGUGCAAGCAAGCAGGCUAGAGAAAUCAUUGUGGAAAUAAAAGAUGUGGCAAAGUACAAGAGGGAUAUGCUGAGACUGCAGGGGGAUCUCUUGGAAGAAUUGUCUAAAGUGGAAAAAGAACUGUGCAGAAUGAGAAGACAAGGGGAGACAGCCACCGAAGACUAUAAAUGUCAACUGAGAGAGAAACAGCUGGAUUUACGUAGACAGCAGAAUCAAUGUGACCUUAUUGAUGGAUUGAUUAAAUUUAUUAGUGGAAUAGGACAAUUGCCUUCAAUAGAGAAACAUUACUUUCUGAAAUGGAUGAAGUUUAGCCUGGAUCACAUUACUCGAGAGAAUCUUUUUAAACUAUGGGAUCAAUAUAAAGAGGAAAGUAAAAUGGCAGGAGAUGACCCACAAGCACUAGCCAUGCUGGAUAAAUUAAUAUCUACCACUUCCUUAGGGGUUGAGCAUUUCAUGCGUGAGCUGGGGCAGUUUUAUGAAGCUGAAUGCUCAGUGGUUAAAGAAGGAAACAAGGCAGAAUGCCACAGACCAUUCAUCCAUCUCCCAGGCAUAGCAGCUGACCUGAUGCUGGAAGGGUUUCCCAUGGAGCUGAUCGAUGGAGAUUCAUCCAACAUCCCACUGCAGUGGGUGACAGAUGUUCUGACUAAGCUCCAUGCCAAGCUGGAGGAAAGGUCCAGAAUGGUGGUUAUAACAGUGCUGGGAGUGCAGAGCACUGGGAAAUCCACCCUUCUCAACACUAUGUUUGGCAUGAAGUUUGCAGUGAGCAGUGGCCGAUGUACACGAGGAGCCUUCAUGAUGCUCAUUAAAGUGGCAGAGAACUUUCAACAGGACCUGGGCUGUGAUUUCAUCCUGGUGAUAGACACAGAAGGCCUGAAAGCCCAAGAACUGGCCAAGCUGGAGGACAGUUAUCAACAUGAUAAUGAACUGGCCACACUGGUGAUUGGACUGAGUGACAUAACCAUUGUUAACAUGGCCAUGGAGAACGCCACAGAAAUGAAGGAUGUUCUGCAAAUUGUGGUCCAUGCCUUUCUCAGAAUGGAGGAAAUAGGGCAAAAACCCAACUGCCAAUUUGUGCAUCAGAAUGUCAGUGAUGUAUCUGCACAUGACCAAAACAUGAGGGACAGGAAACACCUCCUGGAGCAGCUGAAUGAAAUGACCAAAGCUGCAGCUAGGAUGGAAAAGCAAUGUAAAAAAGUGAAAUUUUCAUGUAUUAUGGACUAUGAUGCAGAGAAACACAAUUGGUACAUCCCUGGGCUGUGGCAUGGAGUCCCUCCCAUGGCUCCAGUGAACAUGGGAUACAGUGAGAGUGUAUGUGAGCUAAAGAAAUACCUGUUUGAUUUUAUAAAGAAACGGUCACAUAACAGAGACCCUAAAGACAUUCCCCAGUUUGUCAAAUGGGUGGAGAGCCUGUGGAAUGCUGUCAAACACGAGAACUUCAUCUUAAGUUUCAGAAACAGCCUUGUAGCUGAAGCCUAUAACCAGCUGUCUAUGAAGUAUUCCGAGUGGGAAUGGCAUUUCCGCAAAGAGAUACAUCUCUGGGUAUCUGAAAAGGAAACUGUCAUUCAGAGUCAGACAUCAGAGAAACUACAGGCUAGUGCCUUAUCCAUGUUGAAAAAUGAGGCACAGGAAAAACUGCAGUAUGAGAAACAAAAAGUUUUGGAUAAUUUACAAGAUUAUUUUGAAAGUGGAGUUUCGAAUCUGCACCUGAUAGAAAAGUACAGAGAAGAUUUUAUCAGGAGUGCAACCUGCCUCACAAAUGAACUUGAGAGCUACUCCGAGAACAAGUGCGAGGAAGCAAUUCGAAUUUGAAAAGGCCAGCUCAAGAGAGAAAACAUCCAGACCUCAUACAUGCAGAUAAUUGAAGGGAAAGUUGACAGGCUCUUGGAUGAAUGUAGGAAAAAAAAACAUAAACUAGAGGAUGAGGAACUGAAAUUGGAAUUUGAAAACAUGUGGGCAGAAACACUGUCAGAGUUGAAGUUCAGUAGUUUACAGAAACGUGAAAUUUAUCGAGAGAUGGAGUCCCAGUUGAGAAAGGACCUAGCAAAUCAAGGGAGUGCCAUCAGGCAGAAGCUACAGGAAUCAGGUAGUUUGUUGUUUCAUGGAAUUGACAAUUUCACAGUGAAAAAGGAGUAUCUAGAUUCAGCAUUGAUCAAAACUAGGAAACAACAGUUCAUAGGGGAAUGUGAAA